AUGUAUACCGCUGGCUAUCGCUUCUUUGUCAUUCCGGACGCAUUCUUAGUGGACAUUCCGCACACUGAAAAAGGCCCAGCACAGACGGACGACAACCACAAGCUGUCCAAUGCGCUGUGGAAGUCCUUCUAUCGCUUUGUACCGAACCGCUACGGCAUCGAUGGACUGCCUCCUUACAAAGUGUGCAUGUGUCUCAAGUCAUUACGGCAUACGCUGAUGACGGUGACAUACGACGUAGAUGAUUUGGUGGUGGGUUUGAGUUUUUUUUUGGGGUACGGGGUCGAGAGUAGGCUG